CCCCUGGCUUCUAGGUUCACUUUUUCCACCCCCAUCGCCGCGCAGAGCGCAAGUCUCGGCGGCCGCCGCGGGCUUACCGGACGCCUUGGCGCAAACCGACGCUCCCCCUCCCCGCCUCCUGCAGCUCUCGCCUGGAAGCCCGAAAUCACAACAAUAGUAAUAGUUAUCAUCAUAAUGAUGCGGGCUAGCAGCGUCAUUAAUAAUGAAUAACCGCGGUCGCCGCCUGGCGCGCACACGGUGCCCGGAAUUGCGGGCGAAACACAUUUGCACAGAUCUUCCAAAGUAAAAGUGUUAGCCUGUGCCCGCAGAAUGAAUUUCUGGACCCGCGCUCGGGGUGUGCGCGAUGAAGCUAAGACUUGAUCAGCCGAACCUCUUGAAGCCAUUCUUACAGAUGAUGAACCAGACCACGGCCCGUUGGGAGCUCCGGAAGGGGACCAUGACCUCCUCACCUGUGGGCAGUGCCAGAUGAACUUCCCAUUGGGGGACAUUCUUAUUUUUAUCGAGCACAAACGGAAACAAUGCAAUGGCAGCCUCUGCUUAGAAAAAGGUGUGGAUAAGCCACCUUCCCCUUCUCCCAUCGAGAUGAAAAAGGCAUCCAAUCCUGUGGAGGUUGGCAUCCAGGUCACGCCAGAGGAUGACGAUUGUUUAUCAACGUCAUCUAGAGGAAUUUGCCCCAAACAGGAACACACAGCAGAUAAACUUCUGCACUGGAGGGGCCUGUCCUCCCCUCGAUCUGCCCACGGAGCUCUAAUCCCCACGCCCGGGAUGAGUGCAGAAUAUGCCCCGCAGGGUAUUUGUAAAGAUGAGCCGAGCAGCUACACAUGUACAACUUGCAAACAGCCAUUCACCAGUGCAUGGUUUCUCUUGCAACACGCACAGAACACUCACGGAUUAAGAAUCUACUUAGAAAGCGAACACGGAAGUCCCCUGACCCCGCGGGUUGGUAUCCCUUCAGGACUAGGUGCAGAAUGCCCUUCCCAGCCACCUCUCCAUGGGAUUCAUAUUGCAGACAAUAACCCCUUUAACCUGCUAAGAAUACCGGGAUCAGUAUCCAGAGAGGCUUCCGGCCUGGCAGAAGGGCGCUUUCCACCCACUCCCCCCCUGUUUAGUCCACCACCGAGACAUCACUUGGACCCCCACCGCAUAGAGCGCCUGGGGGCGGAAGAGAUGGCCCUGGCCACCCAUCACCCGAGUGCCUUUGACAGGGUGCUGCGGUUGAAUCCAAUGGCUAUGGAGCCUCCUGCCAUGGAUUUCUCUAGGAGGCUUAGAGAGCUGGCAGGGAACACGUCUAGCCCACCGCUGUCCCCAGGCCGGCCCAGCCCUAUGCAAAGGUUACUGCAACCAUUCCAGCCAGGUAGCAAGCCACCCUUCCUGGCGACGCCCCCCCUCCCUCCUCUGCAGUCCGCCCCUCCUCCCUCCCAGCCCCCGGUCAAGUCCAAGUCAUGCGAGUUCUGCGGCAAGACGUUCAAAUUUCAGAGCAACCUGGUGGUGCACCGGCGCAGCCACACUGGUGAGAAGCCCUACAAGUGCAACCUGUGCGACCACGCGUGCACACAGGCCAGCAAGCUGAAGCGCCACAUGAAGACACACAUGCACAAGUCGUCCCCCAUGACGGUCAAGUCUGAUGACGGCCUCUCCACCGCCAGCUCCCCGGAACCCGGCACCAGCGACCUGGUGGGCAGCGCCAGCAGUGCGCUCAAGUCAGUGGUGGCCAAGUUCAAGAGUGAGAACGACCCCAACCUGAUCCCAGAGAACGGGGAUGAGGAGGAAGAGGAGGACGACGAGGAAGAGGAAGAAGAGGAGGAAGAGGAGGAGGAGGAGCUGACAGAGAGCGAGAGGGUGGACUACGGCUUCGGGCUGAGCCUGGAGGCUGCGCGCCACCAUGAGAACAGCUCUCGGGGCGCAGUGGUGGGCGUGGGCGACGAGGGCCGCGCCCUGCCCGACGUCAUGCAGGGCAUGGUGCUCAGCUCCAUGCAGCACUUCAGCGAGGCCUUCCACCAGGUCCUGGGCGAAAAGCAUAAGCGUGGCCACCUGGCCGAGGCUGAGGGCCAUAGAGACACUUGCGACGAAGACUCGGUGGCCGGCGAGUCGGACCGCAUAGACGAUGGCACUGUUAACGGUCGUGGCUGCUCCCCCGGCGAAUCGGCUUCGGGGGGUCUGUCCAAAAAGCUGCUGCUGGGUAGCCCCAGCUCGCUGAGCCCCUUCUCCAAGCGCAUCAAGCUGGAAAAGGAGUUUGACCUCCCCCCGGCCGCUAUGCCCAACACGGAGAACGUGUACUCGCAGUGGCUCGCUGGCUAUGCGGCCUCCAGGCAGCUCAAAGAUCCCUUUCUUAGCUUCGGAGAUUCCAGACAAUCGCCUUUUGCCUCCUCGUCAGAGCACUCCUCGGAGAAUGGGAGCUUGCGCUUCUCCACGCCGCCCGGGGAGCUGGACGGAGGGAUCUCGGGGCGCAGCGGCACGGGAAGUGGAGGGAGCACGCCCCAUAUUAGUGGUCCGGGCCCGGGCAGGCCCAGCUCAAAAGAGGGCAGACGCAGCGACACUUGUGAGUACUGUGGGAAAGUCUUCAAGAACUGUAGCAAUCUCACUGUCCACAGGAGAAGCCACACGGGCGAAAGGCCUUAUAAAUGCGAGCUGUGCAACUAUGCCUGUGCCCAGAGUAGCAAGCUCACCAGGCACAUGAAAACGCACGGCCAGGUGGGGAAGGACGUUUACAAAUGUGAAAUUUGUAAGAUGCCUUUUAGCGUGUACAGUACCCUGGAGAAACACAUGAAAAAAUGGCACAGUGAUCGAGUGUUGAAUAAUGAUAUAAAAACCGAAUAGAGGUUCUUCACACCCCCCCAUUCGGCGUGGUACCCAGAGAGCUCAAGAUGUGUGGCAGUUUUCGGAUGGAG